ACUUACAAGAAGAAAAAGGUCAUCAUUCUGUCAUAUGGAGAUUUUUAUGUUUAGUUUUUAUCUAUGUGUACAAUCAUCAGUGUCCAAUUAAUGAUCUCAGUUUGAUCUGACAAGAUUUUAUAGAUAACUCGCGUCUCACAGAAUUUGGGUUGUCAAAAAUGGAGGUGUUCAUGCAUCACUGUCAUCACAAGCUCCCAAGUCUUCUGUCCAGGACUCUCUUCAAAGCAUCAAAGAAAAGCUACAUCUACUGUACCAUCCACACUUCUCCUUCAGUCUCUGCCGUUUCCAAACCAGUCCUUCCACCAGUGCUUGUGUCUCGCCUCUUCCUGCCGUCCAACCUCCGGGAAGGUCAGGAGGGCGGAGACUUGACAUGCCGUAGCCAGAGACUGAUGCUGCAGACAGGACUUAUCCAUCCCUCCAACCCUGGCUGCUUCUAUUACUUACCAGUCGCUCUGAGGUCCAUGGAGAAGCUGGUUCGUCUCAUCGAUGAGGAGAUGUGGGCAAUCGGUGGGCAGAAAGUUGACAUGCCAGCACUGUGCAGUGCAGAACUUUGGAAGAAGAGUGGCCGCUGGGAGCUAAUGGGGAAAGAGAUGUUCAGGCUACUGGAUCGGCACAAUGCGGAAUACUGCCUCGGGCCGACUCAUGAAGAAGCAGUCACAGAGCUUUUUGCUUCCCAGACCAUGAUAUCCUACAAGAAGCUGCCACUUCUGCUGUACCAGGUAACUCGCAAGUUCCGUGAUGAACAGAAGCCGAAAUUUGGGCUCUUACGUGGCCGGGAAUUCUACAUGAAAGACAUGUAUUCAUUUGACAUUAAUGAAGAGGCGGCUCUUCAUACGUACCACUCUGUGUGUCAAGCUUAUGGACGUAUAUUUGACCGACUGGGCUUGAAGUGGGUGCAGGUACAGGCUGCCACCGGCAACAUAGGAGGCACGCUUUCCCAUGAGUUUCAGCUGCCAGCAGACAUCGGUGAAGACCAGUUACUUGUUUGUGGGAACUGUGGCUUCUCUGCCAACAUCGAAACCAUAGACCCAGGCCAGACUGAGUGUUCACUGUGUCAAACAGGCACACUGACUGAAUCCAAAGGCAUUGAAGUGGGGCACACUUUUUACCUCGGCAAAAAAUAUUCACAGGCGUUUAAGGCCCUGUUUGUUAAUGCAUCCAAUGUGCCUGCAGUUGCAGAGAUGGGCUGUUUUGGACUUGGUGUCACUCGAAUACUUGCCGCUUCUAUAGAGGUGAUGUCAUCUGAGGAUGCUAUUCACUGGCCAGGGUUGAUCGCUCCUUAUCAAGUGUGUGUCCUGCCACCUAAAAAGGGCAGUAAAGCACAUGAAGUCACAUCCAUGGCUGAUGAACUGGCUCAAAGCUUGGGAAACAGUCUACCCAACUUGAGAGGAGAGGUGGUACUGGAUGACAGGAUUCAGAUGACCAUUGGUAAACGACUGAAGGAUGCUAAAAUUCUCGGGUAUCCAUAUGUGGUGGUGAUAGGGCAAAAAGCUCUAGAGGAUCUGCCCUUAUUUGAGGUGAUUUGUCAGCAGAGUGGAGAGACCAUGUUUCUUAGUAAAGAAGGGCUAGUGGAUCUUUUAAGGAGAGUUGAAACAAUCUAAUCUAACAAUGGUUUAUAGAUUUUUAUUUUUUAUUU